AGGAUAUUUUAGUAUUUUCAGUUCUAAAAGGUAAAGUCCUUCUUUCUCAUUUCUCUAGCGUUGGUAGAUCGAUGCACAGCUCGAACCCUAGGGCAAAUUCCAUCUACGUUUCUCUGUAUCAGCGAUUCAUCUUGCCUUUCAACUAUGAUGUUGGAGGUUGAUUUUGAUUCGAACAGGGCAACUGAUCGGUACACACUUUGUUGAGGCUGCAUUUGGCAGAUUUCCACUAAAGGGAGGAUCAACAUUGAUUUAGAUUUACCCGGGGGUGUCCACUGACGAUAAUUCUUUGAAGGCUUUUAAAAGUUGAAGCUUGAAACUCGAUCUAGCCAUACUUGGUAUAAUUGGCAGCUCCCUCGAGAAGUUUGGUAGUAAAAAUGAUUUCAGUGUUCCGCAUAGUACAAUACUACAAAUGGUAAUGAUGAAAUUGAAAUCUCGAAGCAUUUAGCCAGUUAAGAAGCUACAAUAUUAAAGGGAGAAUAAAAUUGCAGUGUAAAUUUGAUGGUGGACAGAAUUGAAAAUCUAGCCACUGACAGUCAUAUUAUGAAGACAGGGGUUUUAAAAGAUCUAGAUGAGGCAAAUUUAUUUGAUGUUGUUGUUGAAGAGGACCCACAUGUUUUUAUGGAUGAAGAAGAAUUUUCUGAUGACGUCAGUGGAGAUUCAGCUGACUCAGUUGUGGAUUUUAAUGUCUCUGAUCUAGUAUGGAGCAGAGUACCGAGCCAUCCUUGGUGGCCUGGGCAGAUAUGUGAUCCUGCAACAUCAUCAAAAAAAGCCAUGAAAUAUUUCAAAACAGGUAGAUAUCUGAUCGCCUUUUUUGGGGAUCAUACAUUUGCAUGGAAAGAGGCAGCAAUGGUAAAACCUUUUGAGGAAUAUUUUUCAGAGUUGCAGAAGCAGAACAAAUUGGAAAGUUUUCAUCAGGCAAUUGAUUGUGCGUUGGAAGAGUUCUCCAGACGAGUUCAGUUUAGCCUUGCAUGCUCUUGUUUAUCAGAAGAAUUGUAUUUGAAGCUCCAAACUCAAACAAUUACUAAUGCAGGAAUCCGCAAGAAGUUUAGUAGAAGUGUGGGUGGGGACAGCUUUCUUACUGCAGCAUCUUUUGAUCCAAUGAAGCUUAUAAACAUUGUUAAGGAAGUAGCCAUGUCACCUGCUGGUGAAGUUGACAAGUUAGAACUAGUUCGCGCACGUGCUCAGUUGUUGGCAUUCAAUCGAUGGAAGGGUUAUUAUGAACUGCCCAAGUUUCAUAAACACAAUGUAGUGUUCAAUGAUAUUGAUCACAUUUUGGAUGUAAAAAAUGAUUAUCAAAGUGAAUUGAUGGAGGAUAUAGCUAUAGACAUUAAACAUGAUGAAGCGACCCCAACUGGGGGAGGAAAUUUGAAAUUUCAAGACAAUUCCAGCGGCAAGCGUAAGGAUAAUUCUGAGGACAUAAAAGUCACUAGUAUAAAGGGCAAGAAUUUGUCUAAUUCAAUUUCCGAAAAGCCUCGUCGUGGACGGAAGAAGAAACCUAGAUCUGAAGACUAUGCUGGCAAUGAAUUGAGUUGGCAUGCUUCAAUUACAAAAUAUGAGGUAGGCUGUAAUGACACUACUAUAAACAUUCCAAUAACUCAUGUUGAGUCUGGGAAGACAGGCCAAACUUUUAGAGUUGGAGAUCGCAUUCAAAAGGUCGCUUGCAAAUUGAACGAGUCGAAUUCAAUGUUGAAGCAUGAUGAUGGAAUAUCUCAAAAUGUUGUUCCGAAGGGGAGGCAAGGCAGAAAGCGCAAGGAUACUUCGGAACUAGUUUCUGGUGGGAAGACUGGAAAUAAGGCGACGGAGGCAAAUAAAAGAAGAAACAUAUCCCCAGUAGAAGCUUCUGACUCUGAAUUUAUUAAGGAUACAUAUUGGACUGAUAGGUUAAUCCAGGGUAUUGCUGAAGAUCAAUUAUCUUUUGAAAAUCAAAAUGAAACUGUGGAUGCUGUCUUGACUGCAAGUGAAAGGGUUGUCCAAAAUCAAAUUGAAACUGGGCGUGUUCAUAAUCAAAAUGAAACUGUGGAUGCCCACGUCCAGACUGCAAGUGAAAGGGUUGUCCAAAGUCAAAAUGAAACUGUGGAUGCCCAUGUCCAGACUGGAACUGAAAUGGUUGUCCCUACGGGUCUGAAUUCUACUGAUAAAGAUGGGCCUCUUGAAUCUGUUGAACCAGAAUCGGAGAAUGGUGUGGAGGAUCCCUAUCCCACAGCUCUGAUUUUAACCUUUACAGACUUAGAUUCUGUCCCUUCAGAAGCAAAUUUGAAUGAUAUAUUUAGAAAAUAUGGGCCUUUGUACGAGUCGAAGACUGAAGUUAUGAAGAAAAGUAGACGCGCUAAAGUAGUUUUCAAGAGAACUUCUGAUGCUGAAACAGCUUUCAGCAAUACGGGGAAAUGUAGCAUUUUUGGUACUGCCCUUGUUAGUUACCGCCUCAAGUUCUUGCCUCCAACCAAAGUUUCUUUGCGUCAGACCAAGAGAUGCAGAAAAGACGCAAAUCUUGAGAACAAACUGCUACUUGAUGCUUAAAGAUUCAGGUUUUGAAAUGCAGCCUUCUCGCCAACUUGAAGAGAAACCAGUAUGUACUACUUUCGCUUUAAGUAAUGUAUGUUUUCACCCAUAUUGAUAGUUUAACUUGGUAGAGUUAACUUGCAAAUAAAUAGGACAUGGCUGAUACUUUUUUCAUAGACUUGGUAGUAAUGAUAGUUGGAAUUAGUUUGUACAUGGUAGUUUAUCUGUCAAAGGGCAUAUUGGAGUGAAAUCAUGUCCUCAUUUACUGCCUUUCGUAUUUUGUAGGACAAUAUUAUAUAUGUUGUACUACUGCAUCAUGGAUUGUUGCCUAAGAUAGUGGAUUUUCUUAACUAAUUUCA